GACCACCUCUCACCGUUCUUCACUUGCUGUUUGUACACAGUGAGCUCGCUUGAUCAGGACUCGCACGGAUUCGCUCCAUCACCGCCACGCGUACCACUGCGGUAAAGAGGGAAGAGGAGCCCGGGCAUAGUGUCAACUUCAAGCGUUCCGCGCACUGCUGCGCACUAUCUGUGUCUCUGGAAAAAAAGAGAGAAAAUCACAGGAUUAACGAUCAGCACUCCAGGAGAUAAUCACUAAUCACUGUUGCUUUAGUGCGAGGAGGGAGGAAGUUUUUCCGUUGCUUCUCGUACGGGUAACCUUGGCACUCAAGCCCGCAACAACUGCGAGGAUGGGACCGUUUCUCGUCUCCAUCGCUCUUUUCCUGAGCGUUGCUGUCCCGAAUGCAGCUAAAGAGGAGACGUGCGAGCCCAACCCAUGUGAGAAUGGGGGCACCUGCCUCACAGCACUGAGCAACGAGGCGUACACAUGUGAGUGUCGCACCGGCUUCACAGGGCCCAAGUGUGCUAGUAAUAUGGAGGUUGCGGCAGAUGGUGAGGACCCAACUCAAGCAGGACCGUGCCACCCAAACCCAUGCCACAACGGAGGGAUCUGUGAAGUUAGCGAGACCUACCGAGGAGACACCUUCAUAGGAUACAUCUGCAAGUGUCCUCAUGGCUUCAAUGGAAUCCACUGUCAGCACAAUGUUAAUGAAUGCGAAAGGGACCCAUGCAAAAACGGGGGCAUCUGCACGGACCUGGUUGCCAACUACUCCUGUGAAUGCCCAGGGGAGUAUAUGGGGAGGAACUGCCAAUACAAGUGCUCUGGACCGCUGGGCAUGGAAGGGGGCAUCAUCUCCAACCAGCAGAUCACAGCCUCCUCCACACACCGUGCCCUUUUUGGCCUGCAGAAGUGGUACCCCUACUUCGCCCGUCUCAACAAGAAGGGCCUGGUGAACGCCUGGACCGCCGCUGAGAACGACAGAUGGCCCUGGAUUCAGAUAAACCUGCAGAGGAGGAUGCGGGUCACGGGCCUGAUAACACAGGGGGCCAAGCGCAUCGGGAGCCCCGAGUACGUCAAGUCAUACAAAGUGGCCUCCAGCGACGACGGCAAGACCUGGAGGACGUACAAAGUCAAGGGCACCGACGAGGAUAUGGUCUUUCGUGGGAAUGUUGAUAACAACACACCCUAUGCCAACUCUUUCACCCCUCCGAUCGAGGCCCAGUUCAUCCGCAUCUACCCCCAGGUGUGCCGGAGACACUGCACCAUGCGCAUGGAGCUGCUGGGCUGUGAGCUCACAGGAUGCUCAGAGCCGCUGGGCCUGAAGUCAGGGCACGUUCAGGACUACCAGAUCACAGCCUCCAGCAUCUUCCGGACGCUCAACAUGGACAUGUUCACCUGGGAGCCGGGCAAGGCGCGGCUGGACAAGCAGGGCAAGGUCAACGCCUGGACAUCCGGCCACAGUGACCAGUCCCAGUGGCUACAGGUUGACAUGCUGGUUCCUACUAAAAUCACCGGCAUCAUAACCCAGGGGGCAAAAGACUUCGGCCAUGUGCAGUUUGUGGGCUCCUAUAAAGUGGCCUACAGCAACGACGGGGAGAGGUGGCUCAUAUAUCAAGAUGAGAAGCAGAGGAAGGACAAGGUCUUUCAGGGCAACUUUGACAACGACACACACAGAAAGAAUGUGAUAGACCCCCCGAUUUACGCCCGCUUCGUGCGAGUUCUGCCGUGGUCGUGGUAUGGGCGGAUCACCUUACGCGUGGAGCUACUUGGUUGCACGGAGGAGGAAUGAACUCUCGCCACUCUAACCCCCGUUCCCAACAUGUGCAGGAGUCAGCAGCCCCCACAGUCAAUAUAAACUGUAUCCAAGAUGUAUAAAGAAAAUACCUUUCCAAUGGAUUUUUCAAGAAUUGUUUCAGAGUGUUUUUUUUUUGGAUGUGGUCAGUGGGAAUUUUAAUUUUGUACAAUACUUAAAAACACACACACAUGUGCACACACACUCACACACAAACACACACACACAUACCUGCCCGUGAACAAUGUUUGUCCUCUUAUUUCUUUGCUGUCUUUUUAUUCAGAUUUUCCGAUUUUCAGUGUUGCCAUUUUGGGCUAGACUGGGGCUUAAGAAACUAACAGUUAAUUGGUGGGGAAGGAUUGGGCAGUAUAGCACUCUGAUACUGUACAGUGUCACUUUUACACAAAGACCUACAACCCUGUCUAACAUUAUUCACAUUUCAUGAUGAACCGUAUUGUAGCUCAUAACAAAAUAACAAAUCACUAAUAUCGCUGUAAUAUAACUGUUUCUACUUUUACUGAAAUAACUCCCCCAAUCCAGACUAAUAUGAUCAAUGAACCUGUCUUUAGCAGUGUGCAGGAGAACAUUAUCAAAGCUGUUGUAUUGUAUAUGAAACAUUAAAUGAUUGCAUGGCACAUAGAUUUUAAUAUUUAUUGUAUACGAAGACAAUUCAGUUGAACUUCAUCCCAAACCAUUUUAUUUUAAGGAUAUAUUUUUGUGAUUUUUUUUCAUAGUUCCGAGCUGCAAAACUAUCUAAGUAAAUUACUUGCUCAAAGCAAUUCAAGCAAGAAAGAUGCAAAAAAAGUGGCACUGCGGUACUGACACUGAUGUACAUGUAGGUGGGUUAGGUAUAAAUCUAGGUGUGCUAACAUUUUCACUUUUAUAUUUAAUUUAUUACACAUAACAUUUGAUGUUGUUAACUCCAUUUGUUGCACUUUUUGUACUGUUUCUACUUUCAAAAAAUGAUUUAUCCCUUUGUCUGUAUAUCCCAAUAGUUACCCCUGUCUUGAUUAUUAUUUUUAAUGAUUAGAAAACCUCAGGAUAGAAGAAGCCCUUUCAUUUUCCUUUUGUCAGUACACUGUCCAAUCCUCAUCCAAAAGUCAAAAAUAUUAAGCAGGGAACAAUAGAUCCUGUAUUACAGAGCAAUGACGAAUGAGUGGUUUAACAAAAAAUAUUAUUGUAUAAACUACACUGUGUGGAUUUUUGUGCAAGUACUUAAGAGACAUAACAUAAUGUGACUUGUGCUUGUCAAUUAUGUAUUUUUGAAAAACAAAAGUCAUAAGAUAUAUACAUAUUUAUACAUCUUUUAAUCAUUGAAUAGUACAAUGAACACACCAGCUGUAAUAUCAUUGUAAUUCAAUGUUACAUUUGCAAGUCAAUCAUAAAAAUGCAAGCAUUAAAAUUAAGAGUUUAUGAAAUAUAAUUGUAUGUACCUUAACACCAUGACAAAUAAUACAUGCAGCACAUUGUGUCUAUGUGUGCAAUAUUUCAAACAACCAUCCUGUUGUUACUUGUGCACUGUAUCCAUGCAAACUACAGCAAACGUUUAACCCAUAGGUGUUUCUUAUCGGGAUUGGUACUAUUCUAUUCCAAGAACAAGCAGCCAUACGGUCGGCCCACAGUUAGCCUUCUCCCCUGAUAUCGAGGUUUUGUAUAAAUAACUUUAUGUGAAGCUUUAUGUGAUCAGAACAUGAACACAGCAUAGAACAUUCUUUUUUCUCCUUCUUCUUCUUCUUCUUCUAAUGGACAUCUGUGACAAAGUAUCAUAUUUAUUAUGUCUUGGACUUUUGGGUUUGACUGAUGAUGUGGCAGUGGCUAUAACUGUGUCUGUCUUGCCUCGUCCUGUGUCACUAGAUUUCUUGCAUACACAGCCUAGGUGGCUAUCUGUACUCACAGUGGCUACCUGAUGGCUAUCUGUGCACAUUAAACAGAGCAUUUGGGCAUUUUCUGUCAGCCCGUGGGAAGAAGGAAAUGAACACAAAAAUAAACUCCUUGGGCACAUGUUUUUGUACAUGUACAGCAUAUCUAAAAUAUUGUAAGAGUUUUAUGUGCAUUCCAUGUGAAAUUAUGUUUUUCUUGUGUGUGUGUGUGCUUUUUGUCUCUUUCUUUGACAAAUCAGAUUUGCUUGAAAAGUGAAGAUGAUCUAGAACGGGGCACACACAUUCCCUGAAAUCUAUGUUCUUGUCUCGAGUUAUUCCUUUUUCCAGCCCCAUCUUUUCUUUUCUCUCUUUCCCUCAAUGUCUUUCUCCCAUUCUCUCUCUGUCUCUUUCUUCUCUCAGUCUGUCAAGCGUAAGUGUACCCAUCACAUGGUGAUUGGCGAGUCCUAAUGAGUGUACAGCAGAGCAAAAAGUCAGUGCCACAAAAAGAGUGCUCUUUGGUUUGACAAAUAAAAGCGAUGUCUGUGAA